AUGGCACGGAGGGCGUUGACAGACGACCAGACGUCUUCGACCACCGGAAACGCGGCUCGAAUCCGCGAUAACCAACGCCGCUCCCGCGCGCGUCGAAAAGACUACAUCCGCGAGCUUGAAGAACGUGUGCAAAGUUACGAAAAACUAGGAGUAACCGCCACGCAGGAGGUCCAGGCGGCUGGGCGAAAAGUUGCACAGGAGAACAAAUGGCUGCGGGAACUGCUGAGUCUUCAUGGCAUUGUGGAUUCGCAAGUCAAUCAGUACCUGGCUUCGAGAAGAAUCGAGAAUGCGGCGCCAGCUCCGCCGGGACCGGGUAAACACGGGAGUCAUAAAAGGUCGACGACCACCAUAUCCACUAAACAGCAUGCUCAUCAACAUGUGCUGAUGUCCUCCCCCGCGGCUUUCUCAGACGAGGAGCCCGUGCCAGAAGAUAGGAUGGGAAGCGGCCAGGCCAAUGGUCUGCCACCCAACCAAUACGCGACGGCAGAACAGCAUGACCAGACGUCAAUGUCCUGUGAGGCUGCGGCGAAUAUCAUUGCGGGCAUGCACAUUGAUUCAGAUACAUCUGUGAUACGAGAAAGGCUUGGGUGCGGUUCGACGGACUGCCAAGUGCGACACUUGACCAUCUUUGAGAUGCUGGAUUUUGAGUGA